UGUCAUAUGACAAAACAAUGACUGCUUAUGACUCAUGUUUAUAUUUUAAUUUUUGUAAAUAUACAAUAAAGUAGUAGCAAAAUGGAAUCAAAAAAAGAGCUGCAUAAUUCUCAAGUUGAGGUGAAUUUGAGUCGACCGAUAAAAGUAAUUCAUUUUAGUGAUGGGAUCGAGGAAAUAAUGGAAGAAAACCAAGUUACAGAAUUAGAUAGUGCUCCUAAGGACAAUGAAGUCGUAGAUCCAAAAACAUUGUCCUGGGGUCCUUGGUUCACAUACCAGACAUGGAAAUCUGGUUCCAAAGUACUCGGGGCAUUGGAUUACGCCGGAGAGACAUUGGCAAAUUUUUUUGGUAUAACAACACCGAAAUACAUAAUAGAAAUUGAAGAAUAUGAGAGAAUGCAAAUGGAAAAGAAAAAAAUUGAUGAGGAAUCGGCCGGCUGGGUUCCGAAGAGUGUGGAUAUACCUCUAGUAUUAAAUGAACCAAUCAAAACAGACAAAGAGGAAAACGUUUAGUUUAUGCUUUAAAAUAAUAAUAUAUAAUAUAUUGUAUGAUUCAAACAUUGAAAUCACAACUGACAUGUUUUCAUUAAUUUAACACAUUAUAUGCACUUGGAAUGUAUGUUUAAGUUAAUUUUAUACACAUUUCUAUAGUAAUAGUAUUCUGAUAAAACAAUGAUUUCAUUUAACAUAGAUGUAAUUUUUUUCAUGAGUUUUCUGUAUAUAUAUAGAAUAUAGAAUAAAUUGUAUUAUUGGAUGGUCAUUGUGACAAAUAUUUAUCUGUCUGUGAAUUGAUAUAAGUUUAUAGAUUAUAUAAUACUUACUAAUUAAAAAAAAUAUAUUAUUAUAUUUUAUUUAUUAUUAUAAAAAUUAUAAAAAUUUAUAAUUUUUUUUUUAUUUAAUAAAAAAAAUAUUUUUUAUUAUUAUAUUUUUUAUUUUAGUCUAUAUCUCGAAUAAGUUUCUACAUGAUUUAAUUAAAAUAUAUCAAAGCAUUUCGUUUUGAGGUAGUAAAUGUAGUCAUAUUAUUAUACUUUCUUACAAUAUCGGUAUUAAUUUUUUCCUCCUUAUAAAUUACUUGCAAUUAAUUUAUUUAAUUCAUUUUUAUCUCACAAGGAUCUGAAAAUUAGUACACUUGUAUGUCCAGAGGAGGAUUUAAGGUCAUAAGGGUUAAAACUCCUUCACACCCAAAUUAAAAAAAAAUGUAUGUUUUGUACAUGUCCGUGUAUUUAAUAAAAAAAAAAAGGAUAUAUCAUAGGUUUCUGAUGUGUGAAAUCAUUCUGUAAAAUGUUGAAUUAAGAUAGGACAUUAAGUAUAUGAUGAAUUUUAAUCAUUAUUAGUUGAAAAUUAAUUGGAACUGAUGACAUUCCUCCCAUAUAUUUUAGGAUUUUUUUUUUGUAAGAUAUAUUAUCUAUUAUACCCAAAAUCUAUGUAUGGAAAAUCAAUCAAAUAUAAGAAUUUUAUUUAA